UUGUACAGAGAAGAAUGGCAGAUACAGAGAAAAACCCAUUAGAAACAGGAGAUGGAGAAACAGAAAUGGAAGAAGAGGAAGAAUAUUACCCAAAUUAUUAUACAGAGGAAGAAAAUAUGCCACAGGAAUCAAAAGAAGAUGACCCGUUAGCAUGGAGAGACUCUCAGGAGGAGAGGAAAGCAAAGGAAGAGGAGGGGGAAGAGGAAGGGGAGGAGGAGGAGGAGACUGUCAGAGAAGAAACAGAGGAAGAGGCAGGAGCGGCACAGGAGGGGGUGGCUGUAGGAGCCCAUGAAGAAGCCAGAGUGAAGCCCCAAGGAAGGACCACACCCAUGACCAGUUUGGAGGGGCUGACAUUGGCUGAUGCCCGGUUGAUCACGUCAGGAAUAUCUCCAAAAACCCGUAGUGACAGAGAGUCAGAGCAUUCAUUACAAUCAGAAAGUUCGGGAAGCCUGAGCUCACAAUUAGAGCUUCUGGGUUUGGAUCUCGGCAGUUUAGAGGGGCAACCGCUGGGCUACCCCGGGAGGCAGCCCUCGGGCGAGCCUGGGGAGGGACGCGACCAGAUGCCCCACGAGGAACUGGGACAGGAGAGGAGGGACUUGGAACCAGAAAAGGAGAGAAGGAGACAAGAAAAAAGAGUAUCCUACUUCACUGAGGAAAAAGAAAAAGAAUUCCAGCCCGAAGCCAGCAUCCCGAGGGACUCACUGGUGGCCACCACCACCGAGGACAUUUUGUUUCAAAAGGAUGACGCUACCCGCGUGUAUCCCUUGACCAUGACUUGGAAGUUCGGAUGGAACAGCUCUCUCCCUGUUUACUACAUCCGAGACGAAAACCAGAGGGUUCUCCUGUAUGCCAGUGCCCACACUGCGGUCAUCUACAACGUUUUCAAGAAUAAUCAGCAUCAUCUUCAGGGCCACCUGAACGUGAUCUCCUGUCUCUGCAUCAGCGAGGACAGGCGGUGGAUCGCCACGGCCGACCAGGGGCCCGGCUGCCUGAUUAUCAUAUGGGACUCCUUCACAGGGAUCCCCGUGCACACGAUAUUCGACAGCUGCCCGGAAGGUCAGGGCAUCAGGGCCAUAGCCAUGACCCACGAUGCCAAGUACCUGGCCACCAUCUCAGAUGCUGAAAUCCAGAGGGUGUGCAUCUGGAGGUGGACUUUGGCGGCAGAGACACCAGCGUGUUCCCUGGACCUGCCCAAGGAGUAUGGUUUUCAGAAUUACCUUACUUUUAAUCCAACAAAUAAUAAAGAAUUGGUGAGCAAUAGUAAAACACAAGUCAUAUAUUAUAUGUGGUAUGAAGAGGGAAGUAUGCUUGCUCACAGCGCCCCGCUCUUAACAGAAAAAACAUUCAACAAGCUCGUGGGAAGGUUUAGCCAGUCCAUCUUUCAUCUGAAUUUAACGCAAAUACUCUCGGCGACCAUGGACGGCAAGCUGGUCGUCUGGGAUGUACACCGCCCGCCGCCGCCGGCCCCCGCCUCUCUGUGCCUUCCCUAUAUCAAACCUUGUAAACUGGUGCACAUGCAGAAAGAGGGCAUCACUGUGCUCACCACAGUUGACAGCUACAUUGUCACAGGGGACAUGAAGGGUAACAUUAAGUUCUAUGACUGCACCCUGUCGCUUGUUAACUGGUACAGCCACUUCAACCUCAGCGCCAUAAGGACGCUAUCCUUUUCAAAGACCCCGGCAACUCCUCCCGCCGAAAAAUCCACCUAUUCUACAGACUGCACUUUAAAAGGUGACGUUUUUACUAUAAGGGAUUUUGUCAUUGGGACCUCAGCUGCGACCGUGUACCACGUAAAGGCAGACGAGACAAAACUUGAGAAGCUGUUCGUAGAGCCCAAGGAUGCCAUUUGUGCCAUCUCCUGCCACCCGUACCAGCCCCUCAUCGCCAUUGGGAGCUUCUGUGGGAUGAUCAAAGUGUGGGAUUAUGAAAAGAAAAAAUACCUUUUCAGCAGGGUCUUUGAGAAGGGGCUUGGAGUCCAGAGUCUGACCUAUAACCCUGAAGGAGCCAUUCUUGGUGCUGGCUUCACAGAAGGGACAGUUUACAUUCUUGACGCAAUGUCCUUAGAAAACGAAGCCCCAGAGCCUUUCAGAUACUCCAGGACCUGCGUGACUCAUAUAAGCUUCUCCCACGACUCCAAUUAUAUGGCAACCGCUGAUGUAAAUUUUACUGUGGCCGUUUACAUGGUCAAGGUCAAAAACGGACAUAGGGUCUGGGAGUACUUGGCUAGACUUCGUUCUCAUCACAGAAGCAUCCGAAGCCUCCUCUUCGGCGUCUACCUGGACAGCAAUGAGGCCAGGCUGCUGAGCCUCGGCAGGGACAGGCUCUUGAUCGAGUAUAAUCUCUCCAAGAGCUACAGAGACCACCUGGAGGUCCUGGACAUCCACAAAACUGACCAGGAAAACCACCCAACCUGCAUGAUCUGGUACCCGCCCCUCACCAAGGAGCGCUUCCUGCUCAUCUCCACCAGCGGCUACAAAGUGAAGCUUUUUAACGCUACCACCAAAAUGUGCAGAAAGACACUCCUCGGGCCAGUCUAUGGCUCCCCCAUGGAGCAGAUACAACUCCUCCCCGUGAGAACGGCCCUUGAGCUGCAGAAGCGCCACUUGGUGUUUAUCAACAGAGACAAGGUUGGACUUCAGAUUUUACCAAUUGAUGGCAACCCACAUAAGACAACUGCUAUUGUCUGCCACCCAAGCGGGGUGGCCGGACUGGCCCUCUCCUACGACGGCAGCUACGCCUUCACGGCAGGAGGGCAGGACCGCUCUGUGGCGCAGUGGGAAAUCAACCUCUGCGCCCUGGAGGCCGCGGUGUCGCUCGGUGGAGAAGACUUGAGCCCGUUCUAUGGUCUGGUGGCUGGUGGCAGGGAAGGAAAAUUCUACCGGGAGCUGGAAGACUAUUUUUACUACUCGCAGCUCCGUAGCCAAGGCAUCGACUCAAUGGAGACCAGGAAGGUGUCGGAACACAUUUGCCUGUCAGAGGUUCCUUCUGUCAUGAGAGCAAUUGGCUUUUACCCGUCGGAAGAGAAGAUUCAAGACAUGUUUAACGAAAUCAAAUUCAGUGAGUAUGUGGACACCGGGAAGACAAUUGACAGCGUCAAAUUACCAGAUUUCCUCAAAAUUUACCUGAAUCACCGGCCACCCUUCGGUAACACCCUGAACGGCAUCCAGAGGAGCUUCGACAUUUUGGGUCACACAAACUCGAGAGGACAGAAGGUUAUUCGAAGAGAGGAUUUCCUGAAACUGCUUCAAACUAAAGGUGAGCACAUGACGGAGGAGGAGAUGUCCGACUGCUUUGCAACGCUGCUGGGCCUGCGCCCCGAGGGCUGGAACUCAGAGCCCCUGGCGGCCUCCUGCGACAGAGGUUCAGAAAUACACUUUGAAGAAGAGCUUCCAGACGAAAUCACUGCGGAAAUAUUCGCGACUGAAAUUCUUGGCUUCACCAUUUCGCCCGACGGCACACAAGACCCGGCGGGUGGGCCGUGAGGCCGCGGGAGCAUCAGAAGCCCGGGGGGCUUUGUGUGGGUCCCCCACCAAGAGGCAGUCCUGUCCCUCCCCCCCUCUGAUCUUUAGAUAAUUUAGGCAUUAAA